ACAUUCGCAUCAUUAUCCUCACGCUUCAAUUCAAUGAGAACCCAGCUGUCGGCGCGGCCCAAGCUCUUUCAUCUUAGCAACCAUGCAGCGACACUGGGCGGCUUUGGGGAUCGAUGACCAGGUCGCUUUUGCCAUCGUCGCUAAUGUGUCAGAGCUUCGGAUCCUGGGGUGCGUGCAGGAUGAUCGCAGAGGCAUACACGUCUUCCUAUGUGACACCCUUGACAUGACAUGGAUACAGCACUGGUGGAAAGGCGUUUUCUUCCUCUCUAACGUAGAGUGCUGUGGUCGCGUGGAGCUUGAAAGAAUGCUACUCAGUCGGCCUGAAGUGAUCACAACCGAGGAAGUGGAUGCUGCGCUUCGGCUUCGGCGACGGGAAUGGCGGUUUGACCAGUGGUUUUCGCGUCCCAAUUCUCAACCCCAACGAUCCUCAAAGAAGCGCAAAAGAGAGGACAGCGAGGACGGACACGGUCGUCCUGAUGAAGGUCCAUACGAUGGCGGCCCUGGGACUGGGAAUGAUGAAGGAGGCGACAAUGGGAAUGACAGCGGAGACCUUGCUGCGGGUGGGGAUGGCAAGCCCGCUGGCUGCGGGCGUCAUGCCAAAAUACCCCGGAGGACAUCAGGUUGUCGAGAGCCUUCCAGGGGGUAUGAUAAACCCACCUCUGAAGUUGUGGUCGAUAAUGAGAGCGACGUCUGGGCUAAUAUUCGACCUGUACCGGCUGAAGAAUGGCUUCGUCUUGCCUUCGGUAGUGACAACGACGACCAUGACGACACUAAUGGCGAAACAAACUCUGUGGAUGAAGCAAUGGUCAACCAUGGUCGAGGAAAGAACAGUGUCAAUUCCAGAGUGCUUGAUUGGCGACUACAAGUACCUGAGGAUCAGGUUGAGGAAGAUGCUGUCGAACUCGGCCAUGCAUUAGAAGGAGAUGCAGGGGACGUGGGAAGAGAUGGAGAAUGA